AUGACAAGUUACAAAGGAUUAAAUUUUUGUGAGAAAAACGUAGGUAACAAAAUAUAUGGAGACAAAGAAGAUUACAAGAUAAAACUGAACAGAAAAGAAGAUGAAGAUUUUAUUUAUUCAACAUAUGAGCAUGUUGAUGUAGAAAUAUCAAAAGAUACUAAUGGGAAUAUUGCUUGUAACGAAAAUAAGAAAAUAUAUGAAAUAAUGGUAGAAAAAAUAAAAAAAGAAAAAAAAUUAGGAGUAUUAAUUAUAGGAAUUGGUGGGAAUAAUUCUACGACAUUAUUAGGUGGAAUUUGUGCCAACUCAAAAAAUUUAACAUAUAUAAAUAAAUAUGAUUUAAAAAAACCAAACUAUUUAGGAAGCAUUUUUUUAUCAUCUAAUAUUAGAUUAGGAUAUAAUCAAAAGGAAAGAGAACAUUCAUAUUGCCCUAUUCAUAAAUUAGUUGAUUUUUAUAAUCCUAAAAAUAUAGUUUAUGGUGGAUGGGAUAUAAACAAUCUAAAUUUAAAAGACUGCUUAAUUAGAAAUAAAGUUUUUGAAUAUGACUUAAUUGAAAAAAUAAAAAAUUAUUUAGAUUAUAUUCCUUUAAAAAGUGUUUAUUUUAAGGGGAAUUUUAUAUCUGAUAAUCAACAAAGCAGGGUAAAUAAUAUAUUGAUUGGACAAAAUAAGUUGGAAAUAUUGGAAAAAGUUAGAGAUCAAAUAAGAAAUUUUCAAAAAUAUAAUGAUUUAGAUGACUUAAUAAUAUUAUGGUCAGGUAAUACAGAAAAAAAUAUUCCACAUAUUGAAGGAAUAAAUGACACAUUAGAAAAUAUUUUAUGUGCAUGUAAAAAUAAUCACCCAUCUAUUUCGCCAAGUAUGAUUUAUGCUUUAGCUGCAGUUUUAGAAAAUGCUCCUUUUAUUAAUAGUAGCCCUCAAAAUACAUUUGUAAAUGCAAUAGUACAACUAGCAAAAGAAAAAAGAGUUUUUAUUAUAGGGAAUGAUUUAAAAACUGGUCAAACUAAAAUUAAAAAUUUUCUUUUGGAUUUUUAUUAUGGAACAGGGCUAAAACCAAAAAGUAUCGUUUCCUAUAAUCAUUUAGGAAAUAAUGAUGGAAAAAAUUUAUCAUCUAGUCUUCAAUUUCAUAGUAAGAAAAUUUCAAAGAGUAAUCUAAUUUGUGAUUACGUAAAAGCAAACGAGGAAUUAUAUGAUGAUCAAAUAGCUGAUCCUACUUUUAAAGAAAACAAGGAAUAUAGUCAUGUAGAUAGUCUGAAUGAAGUAUGCAAUGAAUAUAUAGAAAAUGAGAAGGAGAAGGAAGUUUUUGAUGGAGAAUAUAUUGAAAAACAAAAAGUAAAUAGCGAAAUUGUCAUUAAAUACGUUCCUUAUGUUGGUGACGAUAAAAAAGCAAUAGAUGAAUAUAUCAGUGAAAUUUUUAUGAAUGGAAAAAAUACAAUUGUUUUAUAUAAUAUAUGUCAAGACUCGCUUUUAGCUUCUCCUAUAUUAAUAGAUUUAAUUCUUUUAGUAGAGUUAUCACAACGAAUUAAUUUUAAAUGUAAUGAAAAAAAUGAAAAUAUCGAAGAAAUAAAUGUUAAUAUAAAAAUAGAAGAUUAUCAAUUAUCUCAUAAAAUAUUAAAACCAAAAUAUAGUAAUUACAAACAAAUGGACAGCAUUUUGUUUUUGUCCAGUAUCUUUUGUAAAUCUCCAUUUAAUUCAGAUACAUAUAAAACAAGACACUCAUUUUUUUCUCAAUUAGAAAGUUUAAGUAAUUUUAUUAGAAUUAUUUCAGGUUUACCAAUAGAUGCACAAAUAGAUUUACCAUAUAUGAUAUAA